AUGCGGUUUCUCACAUUGUUUGCAGCCACUGGGCUGCUAUCCAUGGUGGAUGCCUCUCCAGGAGCAGAGGGCGAGAAGCUGGGAGCUGAAGAGCGUGUCAUUGAUGAGGUGGCCAAGGGUCUCUUGGAUAAGAAGGCCUACAUCUUACCAACAUGCGCUACACUCAGCAUCAUCACGACCACCACGUUGACUGUUGAGACGACCAUCUAUGUCACUCCCACGGUCCACACUGAAGGGCUACCGCCAUCCUCAACGACUCCCAACAAGGUCACGUCUACCACAACGGUGACUUUGCACCUAUCUGUGCCACCCUACUCUCCUCCUAGCGGCGGCUCCAGCACCACCCAUAUCCUGCCCAGUCUUUCUACCUCAAGGAGCUCCAGCACACCUGGUAACCCCUUCACGUCUUCGCAGUCUUCUGCCACUUCCAAGACAUCCUCGACAGGCCCGGGCGGUCAGUUUGUCACCUCAUCGGCCUCCACCACUGUCAGGUCUUCGACCACCGUCAGGUCCUCGACUGGACCUCCUGCUGGUUCCUCCACGACUUCAGGAAGAGUGUCUACUACUCGGUCAACCAAUUCUGGUAGCACCUCGAGCACUGCGUCUACUACCUCACGUACUGCUUCGUCGUCUGUGCCCGCAUCUGGUUCUUCCUCGUCUACUUCUGGCACUGCCUCGAGCACUUCUUCGACACCUCCAGGCGGCCAGUUCUUGACCUCUUCCACCACUGUCAGCAGCCGUGCCUCAUCUUCCACCGCUUCCAGCGGAGUGUCAUCUACACAGUCUACGACCUCAUCUGGCAGAGUUUCAUCUACGCAGUCUUCCAACACGUCAAGCAGAGUGUCAUCUACGCAGUCUUCCACUGCCUCAAGCGGAGUGUCAUCUACACAAUCUUCUACCACCUCUGGUGCAGUGUCAUCUACGCAGUCGUCCACCACAUCAAGCGGAGUGUCAUCCACUCAGUCCAGCACUUCUGGAACGGCUUCUUCCACCACCUCUUCAGGCCCCCCUGGUGGUCAGUUUUUGACAUCUUCUACAUCUAUUGGCGGCUCUUCCACCACUUCAGCCACUAGCUCUGUGCCAACCGAUACAGAUGACUGCGAUCCAACAGGCGAACCCAGCAGCAGCGGAGUCUCGUCUACGCAGUCGUCCACCACAUCGGGCGGAGUGUUUAUCACCCAGUCUACCAGCUCAGCCAGCACUUCUGGGACGGCUUCUUCCACCACCUCCUCCGGUCCCCCUGGUGGCCAGUUCCUGACAUCGUCCACCUCCAUUGGCGGCUCCUCGACUACUGCUUCCGCCACCAUCUCGGUGCCAACCGACACAUAUGACUGCGACCCUACAGAUGAACCCACACCAAGCGCCACCUCAUCUACCUCUGCCGUGUCCUCCACUUCGGCUACUGCUUCUUCUGCUACCUCUUCAGGCCCUCCUGGCGGUCAGUUCUUGACAUCGUCUACAUCCGUUGGCGGCUCUUCUACGACCUCAGGCCCCCCUGGCGGUCAGUCCUCCACUUCAGGUACUGCUUCUUCCUCCACUUCAGGUACUGCUUCUUCCACCACCUCCGGUACUGCUUCUUCUACCACUUCCGGUCCCCCCGGUGGUCAGUUCUUGACAUCGUCUACAUCUAUUGGUGGCUCUUCUACUACUUCCGCCACCAUCUCUGUGCCCACCGACACGGAUGACUGCGACCCAACAGACGAACCUACGCCUGGUGCCACCUCAUCUACCGCUUCGUCUGAGACAUCUUUCACCAGGAGUUCCACUUCUGGGGGCAUAUUCAUAACCCAAGCCUCCUCUACGUCGGCUUCCAGCACACCAAGCUCCAACACAGUGAGCUUUGCAACUCCCGUGCCCACUGAUGAUGGUAACGAUGGCGAUUGUGAUCCUACGGAUUCUGGUUCCGCAAGCAGCACCUUUGCCCCGCCAAUUUUUAUCACUCGGAGCUCUACAGCUGAUCAGGGCAGCUCAACCAGCAUCGUUUCCUUUGUGCCUACCUCCUUCUCUGUCCCUGGAGGUACCUUCAACGACCAUGUUUCUUCCAGCAGCCUCUCUGUUCCCACCACUUUGAACACUCCUGCUAAUCCCACUGGUACUCCCACACCCGUCAAUGAUGAUGACUGUGACGACGACGAGUACCCCCUGCCUCCCCUGCCUCCCCUGCCUACUCUCCCUGGCUCCGGAGCCUCGUCCACCAGACCCGGUGGCGCAUUCCCCACUGUCACCACUUUCAGCACACAGAGCGCAUCUAUCCGCGUCCCCACAACAUUUGCGACCCUGCCUCGCACAUCAGCCGCUCCCGCUGCUCCCAGAUCCUCCGAUAUUAGUAACAACACUGGCAGUGGCGGCGACGCCGGUGACUGCUAG